UUCCUUACGGCUUCGUGCUACAGGAUAUAUAAGGCAAUCCCCUCGAGGGCCCAAACCCUACAGAAGGAGACCUCAGAGCCGCCGCCGCGCACGCCCGCCCCAGCCGCCGUCAACAGGAGGACGAGGAGACCUCUGAGCUCGAAGCCUCCGCCGCCAUGACCUUCAAGCGCCGCAACGGCGGCCGCAACAAGCACGGCCGCGGGCACGUCAAGUACAUCCGAUGCUCCAACUGCGCCAAGUGCUGCCCUAAGGACAAGGCAAUCAAGAGGUUUCAGGUGAGGAACAUCGUGGAGCAGGCUGCCAUCAGAGAUCUCCAGGAGGCCUGCGUCUAUGACGGGUACGUUCUGCCCAAGCUCUAUGCCAAGGUGCAUCACUGCGUGUCCUGCGCCAUCCAUGCCCACAUCGUCCGUGUCCGCUCUCGCACCAACAGGAGGAACCGUGCGCCGCCUGAACGUUUCCGCCGCAGGGAGGACAGACCUGGGGGCCAAGGUCCUCGUCCUGGUGCUGCCGGUGGUGCUCCUGGUGCUGGUGCUCCCGGUGGUGCUCCUGGUGGUUUCAUCCCUGGUGCUCCAGCUCCCAAUGUUGCUAGCACCUGAAGUCGCUUCCUAGAGUCCUGCUUUUGAUCGGUCUAUUACAUAGAAAUACCUAUCAAGUUGCCAAUAUGUUGAUCUUUAUCUAGGAUCUAGACUUGCAUGGCCAUCUGGUUUCGUACUCAUCGAACUUUUACUGCCUAGAAUGAACCAAAUUGCAUUUUCCUGGUUAACUUCCAUCAGGCGUUCUGGCUCUGGAUGAAUGCUCUGCUUUUUGAUCUCGAGGAUCUGUUAUUUCUUCUAGAUUGUUGACAUUUAUGAGAUCUUGUUUUUGA